CCGAGAAACAGCGGCUGCGGGCAAGCGGCGGGAGCGAGGAACGCAGAGCCUGCCGCCACCGCCGAGCAGCCCUCCAGCCGUUCGGCGUCCGCUUGUCCGAGCGUCCUCCGCGGAUCGGCGGCGGGCCGGCGGCCGAACCCAUGCAGCCGCGCAGCGAGCGCCCGGCCGGCAGGACGCAAAGUCCAGAGCACGGCAGCCCGGGGCCCGCGCCCGAGGCGCCGCCGCCGCCGCCGCCGCCGCAGCAGCCGGCAGCCCCCGAGGCAGAGCGUGCCCGGCCCCGGCAGGCCCGGCCCACGGGCCCCAUGGAGGGUGCAGUGCAGCUGCUGAGCCGCGAGGGCCACACCGUAUCCCACAACUCCAAGCGGCACUACCACGAUGCCUUCGUGGCCAUGAGCCGCAUGCGGCAGCGCGGCCUCCUGUGUGACAUCGUCUUGCACGUGGCUGCUAAGGAGAUCCGGGCACACAAGGUGGUGCUGGCCUCCUGCAGCCCCUACUUCCACGCCAUGUUCACAAAUGAGAUGAGUGAGAGCCGUCAGACGCAUGUGACGCUGCACGAUAUCGACCCUCAGGCCUUGGACCAGCUGGUGCAGUUUGCGUACACGGCCGAGAUCGUGGUGGGGGAAGGCAACGUGCAGACUCUGCUCCCAGCCGCCAGCCUUCUGCAGCUGAAUGGGGUCCGUGAUGCCUGCUGCAAGUUCCUGCUGAGUCAGCUCGACCCCUCCAACUGUCUGGGCAUCCGGGGCUUCGCCGACACACACUCGUGCAGUGACCUGCUCAAGGCGGCACACAGGUACGUGCUGCAGCACUUCGUGGACGUGGCCAAGACUGAGGAGUUCAUGCUGUUGCCGCUGAAGCAGGUGCUGGAACUGGUUUCUAGCGACAGCCUGAACGUGCCUUCAGAGGAGGACGUCUACCGUGCCGUCCUGAGUUGGGUCAAGCACGACGUGGAUACCCGGAGGCAGCACGUUCCUCGGAGAUCCCACAGGGGUGAUGCAGGCAUGUGUCUUGAGGAGGGUCCAGGACACAUGAGCAGGCCCGACCAUAGCAGGCGUGCUACCACACCCCAGCUGAUGAAGUGUGUACGCCUGCCCCUGCUGAGCCGGGACUUCCUGCUGGGCCACGUGGACGCCGAGAGCCUGGUGCGGCACCACCCAGACUGCAAGGACCUACUCAUUGAGGCCCUCAAGUUCCACCUGCUGCCCGAGCAGAGGGGCGUCCUGGGCAGCAGCCGCACCCGGCCCCGGCGCUGUGAGGGCGCUGGCCCUGUGCUCUUCGCUGUGGGUGGUGGGAGCCUGUUCGCCAUCCACGGCGACUGUGAAGCGUACGACACACGCGCUGACCGCUGGCAUGUGGUGGCCUCGAUGUCCGCGCGCCGGGCCCGGGUGGGCGUGGCGGCAGUCGGGAACCGGCUGUAUGCUGUGGGCGGUUACGAUGGGACUUCAGACCUGGCCACCGUAGAGUCCUACGACCCUGUGACCAACACCUGGCAGCCUGAGGUGUCCAUGGGCACAAGGCGCAGCUGCCUGGGUGUGGCUGCCCUGCACGGGCUCCUGUAUGCAGCCGGUGGCUACGAUGGGGCCUCUUGCCUCAACAGUGCCGAGCGCUACGACCCCCUGACGGGAACAUGGACGUCGAUCGCCGCCAUGAGCACCCGGAGGCGAUAUGUGCGCGUGGCCAUGCUCGAUGGGAACCUGUAUGCCGUGGGCGGUUAUGACAGCUCGUCACACCUGGCCACCGUGGAGAAGUAUGAGCCCCAGGUGAGCUCCUGGACGCCCGUGGCCUCCAUGCUGAGCCGGCGCAGCUCCGCGGGUGUGGCGGUGCUGGAGGGGGCCCUCUACGUGGCUGGUGGCAAUGACGGCACCAGCUGCCUCAACUCUGUGGAGAGAUACAGCCCCAAGGCGGGUGCCUGGGAGAGUGUGGCGCCCAUGAACAUCCGAAGGAGCACACACGACCUGGUGUCCAUGGAUGGCUGGCUGUACGCCGUAGGGGGCAACGAUGGCAGUUCCAGCCUCAACUCCAUUGAGAAGUACAACCCGAGGACCAACAAGUGGGUGGCCGCGUCCUGCAUGUUCACGCGGCGCAGCAGCGUGGGCGUGGCAGUGCUCGAGCUGCUCAACUUCCCGCCGCCCUCUUCGCCCACGCUGUCCGUGUCGUCCACCAGCCUCUGACCCGUGGUGCGGCUGCGCAGAGACCCGCCCGCGGCCUCCCACGUGCCUUAAGCCCCCUGGGCCCAGCGCCUGCCUCCCCUGCGCGUGGGGCGGGGCUCGGCCCCCACCAGGAACGUCCGGGGCCGUCUGUCCAGUCUCCGCGCGUCUAGGCCGCGGCUUUCUGUGUUCCUUCCUCGGUGUGUGUUUGUGUGUGCCGUUUAUCUAUUCACUCGUUUAUUUAUUGACUGGUGGUGAGCAGGCUGCAGCUGCCAGUCUCUCCGUUUACUUUUAAAGUGUCCUGUCUCUGGGACCAGGCUGCCCUCCUGGGUGUCCUCCCACCGUGCUAGGGGCACUGGGGAGCGACAGGGUGGACACUGGCGUUGCCCGUGGGUAAGGGGCCAACUUGGACUCUCUAGACCUGGAGGGACCGAGGGGUGAUGCAGAGCACUUAUGGGGGGGGACUUUCUGAGCAGGUGCAGACCCCCAGCCUGAGCUGUGCACACCUCCUUGCUUCGCCCAGCCAGGCACACUCCCGGCGGGGGCGGGCACGAAUCGGGCUUCCUUCCCGUGGCUGUGGUGUCAUUUCUGGAUCCUGCACUGAGCUGGGCACACGUGCACCGCAGGCCGCAUACAGCAAUAUGAGCCCCUUGAACAAUAAACACAUUUCCUGGGCUCUGCGGGCCUGUGGCUGAGUGUCCAUCUCUGUCUUCCAGGGUCCCGCCUGGGGUGACCAGGAGGGCCUGGGGUGGCUAUGCGGCUGGGCCGAGAUGCUGUGUUGGCACCUGGGGGCUUGGAGGCCGCACCAUCACAUCCAGGGGCAGGGCUGUGGUGGCCGGUGUGUUAACUCCUGGCUAUGCGUGGCAUUCCCCUCACCAUGGCUGUCCCAGGCGCACCUGGGAGGGUCAUGACCUCCCUCCUGGAUUCUGGUUAAGCCUUGGGGACCCUGACCUUGAUCUGGGGUGAGGAUUGGACUGAGGCAAGAGAGGAGGCUGCGGGAGGGUCCUGGCUUCCCCUGACCCAGUUGCAAAUUCCUGCUUCAACAGCUGAGAGUCAGCACACAGCCCCCUGCAGUCACUGGUGACUCAGCAACAGGCAUUUCGGUGGAAACAGGAUGUGUGCUCACACGGUGGGGAGGUCUGGAAGGGGAUGCCUGGGCUCACGGAGCUCCAGCUCUAGGCACCCCCAGUCUGAUGCAAUCACAGUCUGGCCUGUGGGCCCCCUCCUGUACAGACUGGGGACUCUUCGCUGGGCGGUGAGAGGAGGGGAGCCUUCCCUGCCCCCCGCUGGCUGGCGUGUGUGGAGGACCCCGGGCAGGGAACUGAAAGGCUCAGCUCAGCCUCAGGUGGGGGCCAGGUCCCUCCCAGAAAGGCUCCGCCUCCCCGGCCCUUGGGUACAGGGCAGGCUGCCCCAGAGCCCCGCCCCAGGAGGUGGGGCAGGAGGCUCGGGACAGAGGGACCCAGACCU